AAAUGUUUACGGGGAAUGACGUUGAUGUUUGGUAAUAAAUUCGAAGUUAAAAUGAUCAUCCAAACUAGAAAAGGGAGAGAGAGAGAGCGAGUGGAAGUGCGCAAUCCGGUGAAUCCGCGCCGGGUGUUGCACCGGCCCGGGGUGCGGAGGAGUCAGCGGCCCUCCCUCCCUCCCUCCCCACCUCGGCGGCCUGGGCUGGGGGGAAGGAGACAGACCCGUCGCUGGCUCUUCUCACGUGUCCAUUUUGGGAUCUCACAUGACCCUGUUGUUUGGCCCCGUGAUCAAAUCUACUCCGAAAUUCGAAAUUUAGCAGCUUUCGCUGGCCACAUGGAUAUAUUAGACCAAGCCUUAGAUACGAGCCACGAUAAAGGUCAAGACACAGACGAGAGUGUACAGCUCCAGGAAGGAGACAGUGGAAACCCAGAUGAGCAGACGGCCGUGGCGAUCGCCAGUGUACAACAGGCAGGAUUCGGAGACCACAGUAUCCAGUACCAGUUCCGGACGGAGAACAAUGGGGGACAGGUGACGUACCGGGUGGUGCAAGUAUCAGAUGGACAGCUGGACGGACAGUCAGACAGCGCGGGAGCUGUCAGCGUUGUCUCCUCCACUGCCUUCACCGGCAGUCAGCAGGCUGUGGCACAGGCAGUGAUCCAGAAUCCAUUCAGCAAUGGCGGGAGCCCCUCAACGGAGUCGGUCGGAGGGGAGGCGCGGUUUACCUACUUUCCAGCCUCAGCUGUGGGCGAUGGAGCCACCGCGGUCGUCUCAGCCCAGGGGGACCCCUCGUUGGCCCAGGGCGGAGGACAAUUCUACGUGAUGAUGACGCCCCAGGACGUGCUACAGACGGGUUCACAGCGGACGAUCGCUCCACGUACACACACAUACUCACCAAAAGAAGACUCUGAACUCAGCAACAUGAAGAUCGACGGUCCGCGCACCCCGAGGGACGAGAGAAGGAGGGCACAGCACAAUGAAGUGGAGAGGCGGCGAAGAGACAAGAUCAACAACUGGAUCGUUCAACUUUCAAAGAUUAUCCCGGACUGUAACGCAGACAACACAAAGACCGGACAGAGUAAAGGUGGGAUCCUCUCCAAAGCAUGCGACUACAUUCGGGAACUGCGACAGACCAACCAGCGCAUGCAGGAAAGCUUCAAAGAGACGGAGCGGUUGCAGCUCGACAACGACAUGUUACGGCAGCAGGUGUGAGCCCCUCGGCACAGC